AUGGCUUCCACUAGUGACACUGGUUCCACGAGCGAUACGGUGCUCGUCGAUUCGCCGGCCGAGGGCGUGACCCGACUGACCUUGAACCGUCCCGGCAAUCUCAACGCGCUCACCUAUGAGAUGGUCGCCGCGCUACAUGAAGCACUCGAUGCCGUCGACGCCGACCAGGAUUGUCGUACCGUGAUAUUGACCGGCGCCGGCAAGGGCUUUUGUGCCGGGCUUGAUCUGAAUGGGUUCGGUACGGUCCCUGGGACCGAAGACCUCGGCCGGGUCCAGCAAGGCAUGGCGACGCAGCAGAUUAUUGCCGAGAUCGUGCACCACAUGCGAGACGUUCGCCAGCCGAUCAUCUCGGCGGUCAACGGCGCAGCUGCUGGUGGUGGGUUUGCGUUCGCGUGCGCGUCCGAUAUUCGCUACUGCGGCGAGAGUGCCAAGUUCGGUACCGCGUUUGUGCGACUCGGGAUCAGCGGAUGCGACAUCGGUGUCAGCUGGAUGCUGCCUCGACUGAUCGGCGCUAGCCGGGCGUGGGAGUUGCUCCUUACCGGCCGCGUGUUCGACUCGUCCGAGGCUGAUCGCAUUGGACUCGUUAGCCGAGUCGUGCCCGACGACGCGCUCGAAGACACCGUGCUUGGUGUGGCCUCGGAGAUCGCAGCCAACAGUCCCUUCGGCGUGUGGAUGACCAAGGAAGCGAUGUGGUCGAACCUCGAGAUCCCGAGCCUGCGAGCGGGCAUCGACCUCGAGAACCGCAAUCAGAUCAUGGCUGCCCAAACCGCCGACGCCCGCUUGGGCUUGAGCGGUAUUCCCGGCGCGAAGCGAGACUGGACCAACUCGUGA